GACCACAGUGUGGUUUAGUUUCAAUGGGACCUGGCCUGAAAGCCGGGUUCAUCUGGAAAAAAUGUUGGCGACCGUUUUUUACACUGAUGUUUCCGCUGGUACUCUCUGUCAUCUUCCUCUGGAAGGGGAAGAAAUUGACCCCCGAUAUGGAUCAAACAGAAGUUGGGAUAAAACAACUGAAGAAGCAAGCUCGAGCUGCGUUUGUCGUGAUUCUGAUGGCCUGCUACUGGGUGAGCGAGUGCCUGCCCCUGCCUGCAACUGCCUUAUGCCCUGUUUUCCUGCUGCCUCUUAUGGGAAUCGUGGAUACUGAUGAAGUGGCCGGGUGUUACUUAAAUUCAUCUGUCAUGGUUCUGUUGGCUGGAUGCAUCAUAGCACAGGCAUUCGAGUACUCAAAUCUGCACACUCGCAUAGCAUUGAAGGUGGCUUGCUUAGUUGGAGCCAAAGUACCAAUGCUGCUUGCAGGAGUCAUGUUUACUGCAAUGUUUUUAUCGAUGUGGAUGAACAACACGAGUACUACAUCGAUGAUGGUUCCUAUUUUGAGUGUGAUAAUGGGCGAGUUCGAAGCGGGAGCAGUGGAGGCAGCAGCAGCAGCAGCGGAUGCUGAAAGUUCUACAAGGCCUUCAACGAUGUCAAUAAACGCUCUCGAAAUCAAAGCCCAAAUGGAAGAAAUCAAGAAGAAGAAUUUGGCUAAAACGAGAAGAAUAAAGAUCAUGUUUUUACUUGGGGCGGCGUGGGCGUCGAAUAUUGGGGGAACGGGAAUUAUUACCGGAACCGCAACCAACAUAAUAGCACAGGGUGCUGUUAGCAAGAUGGUAGAACGGGUAAAAGCUUCCACGGGGUUCAAGGACGCUAAAAAGUGUGAACAUGUACUUCAAAUAUCGUUCUUGGGAUGGCUCGAGUUUAACAUUGUGCCUAUGCUUCUCGCCACCAUUUUGACUUGGAUUAUUUUACUUGUGUGGUUUACUGGGAUUCCACGCUGUUUUAAGUUCCGGGCGCUUACCCCUGUUGAACAAGUAGAAACGAAGGAACUGCAAAAAGUGACACGAAAUGUUGAGAAAGCUAUCCUUGCGAAAUAUAAUCAAUUGGGACAAAUUACCUUGCAUGAGAUCCUAGUGCUGGUCAUCUUUUCUAUUCUGGUUAUUUUGUGGAUCACUGGAGAAAUGGGAGAAGAAGGGUGGAUGAAAGAGUUUAAGGAAAUUGAUAAGGCCUAUGCAGAAGCCUCCAUUCCAGCCGUACUCAUGUGCCUGUUCCUGUUUGUGAUACCCAAGGAUUUGAAAUAUUACAAAAAUUUUCUCAAUGGAGGCUUGACUCACGGACUGAAAGACCCUGUUCUUCCAUGGAGAGAGGUUGAAAGAAAUUUGCCUUGGGGUCCGCUGAUAUUGAUUGGUGGUGGCAUUGCCAUAAGCGUGGCUAUCAGAAAAUCCACUCUUGGAUCUGCCAUAGGAAGGUAUCUCCAGGAGUCGGAGGCACUGUCGAAGUUGCCAAAAGAAGCAUAUCUUGCUAUAAUUUUGAUAACUGUGGCAUUUCUUACUACAAUUGCAUCCAACACUGCAACAGCAUCGAUCCUUACCCCCGUUCUACUGGAAUUGUCAACCAAAAAGGCUGUUCAUCCUUUGUACUUGGUAAUAUCAGCCACAGUCUCAGCCUCAUACGCCUUCAUUCUCCCAAUUUCUACACCUCCGAACGCCAUUGUAUUUGAUAAGUCGGACAUGAAGCAAGGAGAGAUGGCUUUGCCAGGAAUAAUUGUCACAAUCGUAACCAACCUCGUUCUGUACGCUUCGAUCCACACCUAUUGCGAACUAAUCUUUAAAUUUAACGACUAUGAUGAUUCCUGUGGACCGCAAUAGUACUCAUCAUAAGAGAUUUCUUUCUUCAUCAUGAGGGUAAUCAAAACUCGAUUUUCAAAUUUCUGUGAAACACAUUAUUGUAGGCGACAACAUCACUCGGCCAUUUAUUUCGAAAAUAUUUUCAAUAAAUGUUGAAACGUUGAACUGAAAUUAUUUACUUUCAAUAAAAAAUGCAACCGGAUUCAUU